GUAAAUUUGGGCGGUCGAGUCAGUUCGCGUUCACUCUUCCCCCAAAGCGUGACUCGACUCGCCAGCCCACCACCGGCUCUAGACAGAGCCAGCCGUGCUCUUCUCGACGAUGAGCCUCUUACGCUGGGGCGUCCGGGCUCUGGCCCCCCGUCGACCGCAUGGCACUCGACAUUUUUGCCUCUCCUUGCCACAUCGCCAGGCUCUAGUCCCCACCAAACCUCGUAAUGCCGUCGCCAACGCAGCCGUAGGCUCCUUUGGUUCAGGCAAUGACAAGGAGGUCCUCAACUCUCCUUCUGAGCUUGCGCGCAAGAUCUCUGCCAAGGUUCUCCCCAACAUUCCCAAGCCCAACGUGCGCAAAGUGCUCAUUGUCGGCAGCGGUGGUCUUUCCAUUGGUCAAGCAGGCGAGUUCGACUACUCAGGAUCCCAGGCACUCAAGGCUCUCCGCGAGGAGGGCGUCGACGCCGUCCUCAUCAACCCGAACAUCGCGACGUGGCAGACCUCGCACGAGCUCGCGUCCGAGGUCUACUUCCUCCCCGUCACUCCGGAUUAUGUGGCAUACGUACUCGAAAAGGAACGUCCAGAUGGCAUUCUGCUCACCUUCGGUGGCCAAAGCGCGUUGAAUGUCGGUAUCGCGCUCGACCGCAUGGGUGUUCUGGAACGUCUCGGUGUGCAGGUUUUGGGUACCCCGAUCAGGACCUUGGAAGUUUCUGAGGAUCGCGAUCUAUUCGUUCAGGCACUCAAGGAGAUUGAUAUUCCUGCCGCCCAGUCUACUGCUGUCUCUUCGGUCAACGAUGCCCUCGCUGCUGCUGAGAAAAUUGGUUAUCCUGUCAUCCUUCGGUCCGCGUUCACCCUCGGUGGUCUUGGCUCUGGCUUCGCGAACGAUCCUGAGGAGCUCCGGGACUUAUCCGCCAAGUCUCUCAGUCUAUCACCUCAGGUUCUGAUUGAGCGUAGUAUGAAGGGCUGGAAGGAGCUUGAGUACGAGGUUGUUCGCGAUGCUGCCGAUAACACGAUUAUCUGCUGCAAUAUGGAGAAUUUCGACCCGCUCGGCACGCACACCGGUGACUCCAUUGUCGUUGCGCCCUCGCAGACUCUUCCGGACGACGAAUACCACAUGCUUCGCACUGCUGCUCUCAAGGUCAUCCGCCACCUCGGUGUCAUCGGCGAGUGUAACAUUCAGUAUGCGCUCAACCCGACUAGCCGGGAGUACUGUGUCAUCGAGGUCAAUGCUCGGCUGAGUCGUUCCAGUGCUCUGGCAUCCAAGGCUACUGGCUAUCCUCUUGCAUAUACCGCUGCGAAGAUCGCUCUUGGUCACACUCUCCCUACGCUCCCUAACGCUGUCACGAAGACCACCACUGCAUGCUUCGAACCGUCCCUCGACUACAUCGUCACCAAAAUCCCGAAGUGGGAUCUUGCGAAGUUCACGCAUGUCGGGCGUGAAGUUGGCUCUGCGAUGAAGAGUGUCGGUGAAGUCAUGGCUAUCGGUCGCACGUUCGAGGAAUCUCUGCAGAAGGCUAUCCGUCAGGUCGAUCCGCGGUGGCGCGGCUUCGAGCCGUACGUCAAGUGCGAGACCAAUGAGGAGAUGGACAGCAUGCUCCAAAAGCCCACUGACAUGCGUCUCUUCGUUAUCGCGUACGCCAUGUACGAGAAGGGUUACGACGUCGACAAGGUUCAUGAGUUGACCAAGAUUGACAAGUGGUUCCUGUAUAAGAUUGAGAACAUUGUCAAUACUGUCAACGAGCUGAAGGCCAUCGGUUCUCUCGACGGCGUCUCCACCGAGCUCAUGAAGAAGGCCAAGUGCCAGGGCUUCUCUGACUCGCACAUAGCUUCCCUCGUCAACAGCACCGAGGGCGAGGUCCGCGCUCGCCGCAAGUCCUUCGGCAUCACUCCCUUCGUCAAGCGUAUCGACACUCUCGCUGCCGAGUACCCUGCACACACCAAUUACCUGUACACCACCUACAACGCCAGCGAGCACGACGUCGAGUUCGACGAGCAUGGCACCAUGGUCCUUGGCUCUGGUGUGUACCGCAUUGGCAGUAGUGUCGAGUUCGACUGGUGUGCUGUCACCUGCGCGCGCAGCCUGCGCAACAUGGGCAAGCGCACGAUCAUGAUCAACUACAACCCCGAGACCGUCUCGACCGACUUCGACGAAGCUGAUCGCCUGUACUUCGAGGAGCUUGGCUGGGAGCGUGUCAUGGAUAUCUACGAACUCGAGGGCGCUGAAGGUGUUGUCGUUAGCGUCGGUGGCCAGCUCCCUCAGAACAUUGCUCUCCGUCUCAAGCAGUCUGGCGUGACUGUUCUCGGCACCGAUCCCGAGAAGAUCGACAGCGCUGAGGACCGCCACAAAUUCUCGUCCGUCUUGGACAGCAUCGGUGUCGACCAGCCUGAGUGGGCUGAAGUCUCUUCUCUCGAGGCUGCCAAGGAGUUUGCUGAGCGCGUCGGCUACCCUGUCCUUAUCCGGCCCUCGUACGUUCUCUCCGGUGCGGCCAUGAACGUUGUCUACGAGCCCGAGGCGCUCGAGCACAACCUCUCAGCUGCCGCCUCCGUUUCUCCCCUGCACCCCGUGGUCAUUACCAAGUUCAUCGACAAUGCCCAGGAGAUUGACGUUGAUGCUGUCGCACACAAAGGCAAGCUCCUCAUCCACGCCGUCUCUGAGCACGUCGAGAAUGCCGGUGUCCACUCUGGUGACGCGACACUUGUCCUGCCGCCCGUCAGCCUCACCGAGACCGACAUGGCCCGUCUGAAGGAAAUCGCGGUCAAGGUUGCAGCAGCCUUCGAGAUUUCCGGCCCGUACAACAUGCAGGUCAUCAAGAAGCCUGCAGAGGACGAUAAGGAGUCCGAGUUCAAGGUUAUCGAGUGCAACCUCCGCGCAUCGCGAUCGUUCCCCUUCGUGUCCAAGGUGCUCGGAUACAACUUUGUCGAGUACGCCUCCGCAGCAAUUGCCGGCGUCAACAUCCCCGAGCCGGUCGACGCCAUGGCAGAGAAGCGCGACUACACUGCGGUCAAGGUCGCACAGUUCUCGUGGACGCGUCUCGGUGGUGCGGACCCAUUCCUUGGCGUCGAGAUGGCGAGCACCGGUGAGGUCGCGUCGUUCGGCAAGGACAUCCACGAGGCGUACUGGGCCGCGCUCCUCAGUACGAACGGCUUCAAGAUCCCGCGCUUGCACUCGGGCGUACUCCUUGGCGGCGACGUCACGAAGCCUGAGAUGCGCACCGUCGCGAAGGGCCUCGCGGACCUCGGCUUUAAGCUGUACUGCUCGUCGCCCGUCGUCGAGGAGUUCCUGAACGGCAUCCCGUACGUCUCGGCCAAGCGUAUCAUCUUCCCCACGCGCGACAAGCGCAAGCUCCGCGAGGUGUUUGACGAGUACGAGAUUGAGUGCGUCUUCAACCUCGCCAAGGCCCGCGGAAAGGACCUGGUGGACGAGGACUACGUCGCGAGGCGAAACGCUGUCGACUUUGGUCUGCCGCUCCUCAACAACGCUCGCUGUGCGCAGCUGUUCGUAGAGGCCCUUGCAAAAAAGAUACCCCAGGGCGGCUUAAGGAAGUAUACUGAAGGAAAGAUCCCCUCCGAGGUUCGCUCGUGGCGCGAGUUUGUUGGCAAGCGUGCGUAAAUGCUCGCUUGUCCUUGCGUUAGGAAACAAACUGCAGAAGCUAUUGAUUUGCUGUGCUUCAUCCUUACUGAGCAUCAAAAGUAUUCAUAGAGUGGCGACGAGCUGUCGCUUGUACUUCUAGUACCUUCUAUCUCCAAGUUGCUUGGACAUCUCAAUGGAUCUUAAUGGACUGAGUAUGCCGUUCAUUAGACUGGAUGAGAGGCAUCUACAGGUAUGAAAUAUAACGAGGAAUGUUCAAUCAAGGGGUAUAGACGGUAGCAGAAGGGCGCCAUGUAACAGUACCAAUAUACCACCUCUCCAAGACUUAUUCGAGCUGCACCUUGAAUGAGCCGCUGGGCUGCCCAUCUGCGCGACCCUUGCCCUUUCCUUCUGACGCGAUAGGAUCAGCUUCCUCCUUCACAGUAUCUGGCAAGGGCUCGUUCGCAUCAUCUUCAACGUCUGUGUCGCUAUCCGUGCCCACUUCCAUGUCCACAUCCAUUUCUAUAUCCUCGUGAUCGGAAGAAGAGCUGUCGUCGUUUGGGUUCGCCCAAAACGGGAGCGUCCUCAUCGAGAAAGUGGCCGGUUGAGUCGCCGUUUCGCCGCUCUUAUCGUCACGCACUUUGUCUUCGAUCAUAGCUAUCAGCAUGGCAUCAACCUCGUCCUGCGGGUCCAUGAGCCCUGCACAGAUAGCAGCCUCUGCCAUAGCCUCUGCUUCCUCCCGCAGCUGCUCUUCGAGUGCGAGUAUAUCAGAAGGCGUAGACUCUG